AUGAACAGCACACCAGCAACAUUUCGGCUACUAUGGCCCAGGAUAUCGAAGAAUUCGGCGUCAACGGCCGUCUGUUACCGGCGACCGUUCGUCUCUUCGGCCACGGCAGUACACAACGGCAACCAACAAAAGCCCGACUGGAACCGCGCAGUGUCCGAAGCCGAGAAAAUCGUUGGCUACCCUACGUCGUUUCUUAGCCUCAGAUGGCUGCUGAGCGACGAGAUAGCAAAUGUUGCGUUACACCUGCGCAAGUUGGUCGGCUCCAAUCAUCCGCUGCUCAAAACCGCCAAAGGCCUGUUGUACAAUGGCAGGAAUAACAUGCAGGCUUGGGGUUUGAUUGUGUUGCUGAUUUCCAAAGCAGCUGGUCAUUUAAAUGUUGAUGAAAUGGAAGAAGACAAAGCUGCUGGUGUUUUACAUAGUCAAAGGGCAUUGGCCGAAGUUACCGAAAUGAUUCGUACCAGUCAUUUAGUACACAACGGUCUGGUUAACAUUUACCCAGGUUUAUAUCCAGAACCCGUUAUACUCAAUGACAUGGCUUUUGGAAAUAAAAUUGCUUUACUCAGUGGUGAUUAUUUACUGAGUAACUCAUGUGCAGAACUUGCUUCUCUCAGGAAUCAAGAUCUUGUUGAGUUAAUCAGUAGUGCUUUGCGUGAUCUUUCUGAAGCUGAAUUCGUCGGUAGAAGAGAUUCUCAAAAUAAUCCUCUUCCUUCACCAUUUGAACCACUUAAUCGACAUUUUAAUUCAAAUUUGCCUCUUAACCCUCUGGAACCAUCAGAUUCUUUAGGAAAUAUGCCAUUAACACCUGCUCUUCAAGACUGGACUAAACGUAAUGUUCUAUCAGCCGGCAGCUUAUUGGGCAAAUCAUGUCAAGGCACAUUAGCUUUAGCUGGACAUGGAGUAGAGUUACAAAAACAAGGAUUCUUAUUUGGUAAACAUCUUUCACUUGCUUGGCAGGCAUACCUAGAUUUAGAGCCGUUUAUGUCUGGUUCACCAUAUUCAUUGGGCAUCUCUUUCAAUUUAACUUCAGCGCCUGUUAUGUUUCACCUUGAACACGACCCAUCAUUAUUUGAAGAAAUCGACAAGGGUGUAAACUCCGUUCAAGAUGUUGAUUAUGCCAAAAUACACAGUAUUGUGAUGAAAGGACCUGGAAUAGAUUAUACCAAACAAUUGCAAAAAGAACAUUCUCGGAAAGCCAUGGAAGUCUUGGAAGUUUUUGAAGAGAGUGAUGCGAGAACAGCACUGUCUAACAUCAUUGUAGCAAUGGGAGGCGAAUGA